UGCACAAGCGCCGCUGCUCCUCUGACGGCGGCGGCGGCGGCGGGAGCGGGCAAAACAAUCACUGCGAGUGUGGUCUCCAGUGCCCACCGUCUGUCAUCAUGCCUCGGAAAAUUGAGGAAAUCAAGGACUUUCUGCUCACAGCCCGGCGGAAGGGUGUCAAAUCUGUCAAGCUCAAGAAGAACAAGGAUAAUGUGAAGUUCAAGGUUCGCUGCAGCAGGUACCUUUACACCCGGGUCAUCACAGACAAGGAGAAGGCUGAGAAGCUGAAGCAGUCCCUGCCCCCUGGUUUGGCAGUGAAGCAACUGAAAUGAACCAGACCUCUCUGUUUUGACCAUUGAAACCCC